UUGAAAACAAAGCUGACAUUGUCCGAGUACAAUCUUACUAUUAAAAAAAGAGAAGAAAUAUAAACAAUGUGUUACCGAAAUAUUUCUGUAACCUAUUUCGGUUAGAACCAGCCCAAACGACGAACGUGGUAGCUGCGACAAAACAUAAUACGCACGAAACGGUAAAAUCCUGUGGUAACUGGCAGUAUAUAUACGAUAAAACGAUAAAAGAGGAUAAAAUGGUAGUCAAAUUCGAAAUUAUAGCAAUUGUAGAUAAUGAUAUUAAUAACAGUGAUCCAUCAGAUGAAAAUAUUAACAUUAAUAACAUUCAUAAUGACAUUCGAGAUGUGCUAUCAACUCAGGCUGCAAAUGUACAAAUAUUUGACAUGAUAGUAAUAAACCCAGUUAAAACUGAUAUAACUACAGAAUUAUUUUUUACGUGCACUGAGGCUGAUGUUAUUCUUAUUAUUGGUAAUAAUAAGUGUGUUAAUAGACAACUUAUAAAAGAAGCAAUUGAAAAUGUUAGCGAUAACCAAGAAGUUUCUAAAAGAGUAACAAGAUCACUAUUAAACAUAGAAACGAGUCUGAACUUUAUGCAACAUAAAACUGUAUUUGGAAUACGAAAUCAAACAUUAAUCAUUGAUUUGUCUGAUUUCCACAAAAAUACAAAAAAAUGUUUUGUAGCAAUUGUAAAUAUGAUACUGCAGACGAUAUAUUUGAUACGUAUAGACAAAGAUAAAAAUAUUCCGCUACAUGACAUUGCAUCUACUUCCAGCGAUAAUUUUACAAUGGAGAAAGAGAAAAUCAAAACUGCCGUCAAGCGCCACAGAAAAUCUUAUUUAUUUCCUACGUGCGAUUACGCGAAUACGAUUAAACGCCAUAAAGAAUCAUUUCCUAUGAUUUCUAUAACAGAUGCAUUGGGCAAGAUACGUGAAAUAAUAAGUGAAAAUAAAAAUAAAAUUAUUUUUGAAACAGUGCAGCUAAAUGAUGCUUAUGGUAGAAUAUUGUACGAGAAUGUAGAAUCUACUUAUAAUUUGCCACCAUUUAAUGCUUCCACUAAACACGGAUACGCAGUACUAAUUACUGAUGGAAAAGGUGUAAGGAAAGUGCUGCAGCAGGACGAGAAAAAUACGUUCUCUCCGAUGACGCUUGAACCUGGGACAUGCGUAUGGAUAAAUAGCGGAGAUCCUGUUCCCAAUGAAGCAACAGCGGUUGUACAACUGAAGGAUACAAAACUAAUAAAAAAAUUUGAAGACAAUGACGACAUGCAUAUUGAGAUAUUAAUUCAACCACAAUUCAACGAAAAUAUUAAACCUGUUGGUUACGAAUUAAUGAAAGGAAAAACUGUCGCAUCUCCGUAUACGCGUAUUGGUCCAUUGGAGAUUGGACUUUUAGCAGCUUCUGGUCGCAAAGAAGUCAUAGUCAUUAAAAAUACACCUAUAGGUGUAUUAUCUAUCGGAAAUAAUUUAGGGGAACCUGGAGAAAUAUUAACACCAGGAUUUACCUAUGAUAUUAAUCGAAUUACUCUAAUUACAUUACUUAAAGAGCAGGGUUACAAUUCUUUGGAUUUCGGAAUCGUGAAUAAUAUGAUAGCACCUAUACAAAAUAAAAUUGAUGAAGCUUUAAAGAAAGUAGAUAUACUUGUGACAACAGGCUCGACUAAUAACAGAGAUUUAAUGAAAAAUAUUUUGGAGGAAUAUUAUAAAGCAGACAUACAUUUCGGAAAUGUAAAUAUUAAACCGGGGAAGUCGACGAUAUUUGCAACGUGCGAGAUUGAUAACACAAAGAAGUAUUUCUGGUGUCUAUCAGGAAAUCCAGUAUCCGCUGUCAUUACUGCGCGAAUAUUUCUUUUAACCUUCUUGAACGAGAUGUACUUCAACUUCUACACGGAAUAUGCUAUAGUACCAGCUUCUAUGGAAACUGAGUACAUCUUGCAUAGUCGUUCUAGAGCGACAUGGACAACUUUGGGCUGGACUUCGAAAAAAAACUGUGCAUUAGUUCGUGCCAGGGGAAAUGCCAUCAGUGAUAAGUUGAUUAGCGCCAUAGGAGCUAACGCAAUCUUAAUGCUCCCAAAAAAAGAAGACGGAAAAGUAACACUUAACUCAUUUACACAAGCCUUACUUAUCAAAAUUCCCAACAUCAAAUACUUUAACAAUGAUUUUAACACAGAUCUUAAGAUCGAAGUUUGA